AUGUCCACCUUCUUCCAGAAGCAGCAGCAGGUGGCUGCGCUCGACCCGCGCCUGGGCGGCCUGAUGGCCAGCGCCGGCCUGUACAACCUCAAGGCGCUGAUCAAGGCCAUCCGGUCCUGCAAGACGCUGGCCGACGAGCGAUCGCUGAUCCAGAAGGAGUCGGCCGCGAUCCGCACCGCCUUCAAGGACGAGGACCCGUUUGCCCGCCACAACAACAUCGCCAAGCUCCUCUACAUACACAUGCUCGGGUACCCGGCCCAUUUCGGGCAGAUCGAGUGCCUCAAGCUCGUCGCCACGCCCCGCUUCACCGACAAGCGACUCGGCUACCUCGGCAUCAUGCUGCUGCUCGACGAAAACACCGAGGUGCUGACGCUCGUCACAAACGGCCUCAAGAACGACAUGAACCACUCCAACAUGUACGUCGUCGGCCUGGCGCUCUGCACGUUUGCCAACAUCGCGUCCGAGGAAAUGUCGCGCGACCUCUGCAACGAGAUCGAGAAGCUCAUGGGCAGCAGCAACACCUACAUCCGGCGCAAGGCCGCCAUCUGCGCCAUGCGGAUCGUCCGCAAGGUGCCCGACCUGCUCGACCACUUUGUCGACCGGACAAAGCAGCUCCUGUCGGACAAGAACCACGGCGUGCUGCUCUGCGCCGUCACGCUGGCCAUCGAAAUCUGCCGCGCCGACCCCGAGGCGCUCGAAGACUACCGCAAGGCGGUGCCGCUGCUGGUGCGCCACCUCAAGGCGCUCGUCACCACCGGCUACUCGCCCGAGCACGACGUCUCGGGCAUCACCGACCCAUUCCUCCAGGUCAAGGUGCUGCGCCUCCUUCGCCUCCUCGGCAAGGACCACCCGCAGGCGUCGGAGAGCAUGAACGACAUCCUCGCCCAGGUGGCGACCAACACCGAGGCCAGCAAAAACGUCGGCAACAGCAUCCUCUACGAGACCGUGCUGACCAUCCUCGAGAUCGAGGCCGACAACGGCCUCCGCGUCAUGGCCAUCAACAUCCUCGGCAAGUUCCUCAGCAACCGCGACAACAACAUCCGCUACGUGGCGCUCAACACGCUCAACAAGGUCGUCGCCAUGGACACCAACGCGGUGCAGCGCCACCGCAACAUCAUCCUCGACUGCCUGCGCGACGGCGACAUCUCGAUCCGCCGCAGGGCGCUCGAGCUCAGCUACGCGCUCAUCAACGAGAGCAACGUCCGCGUCCUCACCCGCGAGCUGCUCUCGUUCCUCGAGGUGGCCGACAACGAGUUCAAGCUGAGCAUGACGACGCAGAUCUGCCUCGCCGCGGAAAAGUUCGCACCCAACAAGCGCUGGCACAUCGACACGGUGCUGCGGGUGCUGAAGCUGGCCGGCAACUACGUCCGAGAAGAGAUCCUCUCGGCCUUCAUCCGCCUCGUCUGCCACACGCCGGAGCUGCAGGCGUACACGGUGCAGAAGCUCUUCUCUGCGCUCCACGCCGACUUUUCCCAGGAGAGCCUCACGCUGGCGGCCGUCUGGGUCAUUGGCGAGUUUGGCGAGGUCCUCAUCCAGGGCGGCAACUUUGAGGACGAGGAGCUUGUGCGCGAGGUCCAGGCCAAGGACGUUGUCGACCUGCUCUCGUCGGUCCUCGACUCGCCCUACAUCACCGAGCACAUCCGGCAGUUUGUCUUGACGGCGUUUGCCAAGCUCUGCACGCGCUUCCAGCACGAUGCGGCGUCGCAGUCGCGGAUCGAGCACAUCAUCGGCUCGUUUGAGCAGAGCGUCGAGGUCGAGAUCCAGCAGCGCUCCGUCGAGUACUACAACCUGCUGCAGCGGCGCGACAUCCGCGACGGCGUCCUCGAGAGCAUGCCGCCGCCCGAGAUCAAGCAGACGGUGCUGGGCACGGUCAGCGAGGCCAAGCCGGUCGGCUCGACGCGCACCGACAAGGACGCGCUGCUCGAUCUCAUGGGCGACGAGAUGCCGGGCAGCGGCGGCGCUGCUGCGGCGGCGGGUGGGAUGGCGCCGCCGACGACGCAGCAGAGCACCCAGGAUCUGCUGGCCGACAUAUUUGGAGCCUCAGAUGAUUUGGGCGCCGCAACGACGACGACGACGACAGCAGCGGCAGCGUCGCAACAGCCGCAGCAGAAGCCGAAGAGCUCGGUCAACGACAUCCUUGGCCUCUUUGGCGACUCGGGCAUGGGAGGCGGGUCUUCACCGGCGCCGUCUGCCGCCUCGCCAGCCAUGUCGUCCAAUGCUGGCGGCGCCUUCGGAGGCCUGGAUCUGCUCGGUGGCGGGAGCGGCAGCGGAGCGGCAGCGGCCAUGCCAGCAGCAGCAGCAACAGCAGCGACGUCUCCACCACCAUCCUCGUCCCCAUCGGUAACAUCACCGAUCGCACCGGCAGCGGCAGCGGCGGCGGGUGGCAAGUCGCACGUGGCGUACCAGCAAAAGGGGCUCAAGGUGACGUUGACGUUGACGACGAACCCGGCGCGGCCAGACAUUACCAACAUUACGGCGCGCUUCAGCACGACGGGCAUGGCGGCGGUGCGCGGCGUCAACUUCCAGGCGGCGGUGCCCAAGUCGCAAAAGCUCCAGAUGCAGGCCAUCUCGAACCCGGACGUCGUCCCCGGCAAGACGGAGACGCAGGCCAUGCGCGUCAUGGCGCCCCAGUCGGCCCAGAUCCGACUUCGACUGCGCAUCAUGUUCAGCGUCGACGGCGGAGAGCAGAAUGUGGCCGACCAGGUCGACUGGUCCCAACCCUCGGCUUGA